AUGUCUGACUCUAAACUAGAAUUAUACCUGGACCUCCUGUCCCAGCCCUGUCGCUCUGUCUACCUCUUCGCCAAAGUGAACAAUAUCCCAUUCCAGCACCAUGAGGUGAAAGUCUUCAAAGGUGAUCAUCUUAGGGAAGAGUUUAAGGAAGUGAAUCCAUUGCUCAAAGUGCCAGUUCUAAAAGAUGGAGACUUCACACUUGUUGAGAGUACUGCAAUGUUGCGUUAUCUAGUGCAGAAAUUUAACACACCUGAACACUGGUAUCCAUCUGAUGCAGAAAAGCGUGCUCAUAUUGAUGAAUGCCUUACUUGGCAAUAUAAUAAUACAAGUCCUCAUGCCUGUAAAGUCUUCUGGCUAAAGUGUAUGAAUCCAGCUAUUCUGGGCCUCGAGACAGCAAAAGAAAAACUUGAUUAUGCCCUUGCCGAGUUCACCACUAUCUUGACACUAAUGGAGACCAAAUUCCUGUAUAACAGAUUGUUUCUUGCUGGCGAUGAAUUCUCAUUGGCAGACCUUGUGGCUAUUGCGGACAUCAUGCAGGUAAUUGCAUGUGGAAUACCCAUUUUUGAAGAAAGACCAAAGCUUGGAGCAUGGAAACAGCGACUAGAGGAAGAACUGGGGUCAGAUCUCUUCAAAGAGGCACAUGACGACAUCCUCCAUAUUAAGGAAAAGCAUCUCAGCUGUUUGUCCCCUGAAGCUAAGGAGCAAUUUAAAAGCAGAAUGCGCCUGUUUAUAAACUGUGGGAUGUGGCUGUGCUAA